CUUGGGGAGGAUGGUCCUAGUUUUCCCAGCCCAAUGACUGUCUUUAAACUGCUCCGAGAUCUUGAAGCGACAUCCCUCUGCUCCUUGCUCCUGCCUCCUUUUCUUUUCUUCCUCUUUUUCCCCCCCCUUCAUUAAUACUACAGGCCCGAUGCCAAACAGGAUGAUCCAGCGCUGUCCUCUGCCUGGAGAGCAUAAAUACCACUGGGGAGCUCUGUGAGACCGCAGUUGGUACGAGCUGCCGAGCCGAGCCCUCGCGCUCCCCGCACCUCCCAGGGCUGGUUUCAUCCUCUCCCCCUCCGCGUCCGCGUAUUGCAGAUACAUAAUUUAUUUUCCACAAGCAGCUGCAACCUCCUGAGGACCUGAGAGUGCUCAGCAAGGCCUGUACCGAGCUCUAGGCGUCCCUGCAAAGAAACCGAAAAACACAUCCAUCAUCUUUAUCUCCAUUUCUGCCAGCUUCUGUUUCAGCCAUGAAUCCUGCCCUGCCUUGGAUCUUUCCUCUUGGAUGUCUACUGCUUCUGACAACUGCAGCUGAAUGCUUUAUUUUGCCCAAUUCAAGUCACCUGGAGAGCAUUUUGAGUAAAUAUCAGGAUGAAGAACCUCGUGCCAGAUCCAAGAGAGCCAUUUUAUUUUCAGACAGACAGGAGAUAUUGAUGCUCCACAAUAAAUUAAGAGGUCAAGUUUAUCCGUCAGCCUCUAAUAUGGAAUAUAUGACCUGGGAUGAUGAGCUGGAAAGAUCAGCCCAAGCUUGGGCUCAGCAGUGCAUCUGGGACCACGGGCCUAGUGCCCUCAUAAGGUCCAUCGGACAGAACCUGGCGGUUCACUGGGGCAGGUAUCGCUCUCCAGCCUUCCACGUCCAGUCUUGGUAUGAUGAGGUUAAAGAUUACACGUACCCGUAUCCUCACGAAUGCAACCCCUGGUGCCCAGAGAAAUGCACCGGCUCCAUGUGCACGCAUUACACCCAGAUAGUCUGGGCCACGACGAACAAGGUUGGCUGCGCCGUGAACGUCUGCAAGCAGAUGAACGUCUGGGGAGAAAUCUGGGAGAAUGCCGUCUACCUGGUCUGCAACUACUCGCCCAAGGGGAACUGGAUCGGGGAAGCCCCGUACAAGAACGGCCGCCCCUGCUCCGAGUGCCCGCCGAGCUACGGAGGAGGCUGCCAGAACAACCUCUGCUACCGAGAUUAUCGUUACGAGGAUACUAUAAUCCCUGAGACAGACGAGACCAAUGAAGUGGAGACUUCGCAGCUCGCGGAGCAAAAACCCGUGUGGUUCCCCAACCUGGAGAACAAACCCACCAAACCAGUCAAGCCCAAGAAAACCGCCCCGGCGAGCUACAUGACACAAGUCAUUACCUGUGAAACCAAGAUGCGGGACAAAUGCAGAGGCUCGACGUGCAACAGGUAUCUGUGCCCAGCUGGCUGCCUGCACAGUAAGGGAAAGAUCUUUGGAACAUUUUAUUAUGAGAGUUCAUCGAGCAUAUGUCGUGCUGCCAUUCAUUACGGCAUCCUCGACGACAAGGGAGGACUGGUGGAUAUCACGAGGAAGGGGAGGACGCCGGCAUUCGUGAAGUCCACCAGAAAUGGCGUAGAAUCUUUUAGGAAAAACAAGCCUUCAAAUGCGUUCAUGGUUUCCAAAGUCACAACGCAGACGCUGGAUUGCUAUGCUACAGUAGCUGAGCUGUGCCAGUUCAAAAAGCCGGCAUCUCACUGCCCAAGGAUCUAUUGUCCAGCCCACUGUAAAGACGAGCCAUCAUACUGGGCACCGGUGUUUGGCACCAACGUCUACGCAGAUAGCUCCAGUAUCUGCAAAACAGCAGUGCAUGCAGGAGUCAUUCCAGAUGAAGAAGGUGGUUUUGUGGAUGUGAUGCCUGUAGAAAAGAAGAAAAGCUAUGUUGGCUCCUUAAGGAACGGAGUCCAGUCUGAGAGCUUGAAGAAUCCUUCGGAUGGAAAUGCUUUCCGAAUUUUUGCUGUGAAGCAGUAAAUUCCCAGGGAAGGUGCGAGUUUCUCUGGGAGAGCACUCCGUUGAUCUCGAGAGACAGGAAGGCUCCUCUGAUGGCAUCAGCUCCGAACGUACCCUCCUUGCCAAUCUCUUUCAGGGAAUUAAACAAGACAAAAAAAAAAGACAAAAAAAAAAAGACAACAGGUUCUGACUCAGCUGUUCGCAUCUCAUGGCACCAGUUCAGCGUUGUAUCUUUUCGUUUCGUGUUUUCAUUUUCCUAGGGGCAUUCAGCAAUGAUAGACUGUUGUAACUUCCAAUUUACAAGAGAGGUGUGCUACACAGAACCGAGGUGGCUCGACAUACAGCAGACGCAGGGGUCUUUGCCUGGCCCUCGGAUGGCAUUUUAGAGUUUGAAGCACCUACUUUUGCGUGCCUGACGCCGUGCGCAGGCGAGCAGGCUCAGUAGCGAGCUACUGUCCAGGUGACGGGCCCUUUAAAACAAGAAACUGUUUUAAAAGUUGCGUCUUUUGGGGAGACCGUGGGCUUUGAGAGUGUUUUUGGUCGGUUUUGGUGUUUUGUGUGUAAAAGAGCAGCAGAGUUUUUUCCUAGCAGGGUGACACGCAUGAGCAACACUGAAUUAGGCUCUUGGAGCGUUGCAUCGAGCUAAGUAGCAUGACAGGAGUGGACGUUUCUUUCGGCCUGACGUUGAGGUUUACUGGAGGAUGGAGUAGGGUAGGAGUUGGUGGCAGAGUCCCUCGCUGCAGAAAACGAGGCCACCGGAUAAUCCAAACAGCAGGUUUAGUGUUUGCUGGUCAAACAUUUGCAGGUACUUUGUAAGUCUGGUAACCUAUGAGAAGUCAGUGAAUUGAGGCUCCUGUGCUGGCACAUCUCAUAUUAUAUUACAUGCCAUUUAAAAAAUAAAAUUUCAGUUAGAUGCAGUGUAUUGUUUUAUACAGCAGUGCUGGUUGUUUUAUCUGUAGUAGUCAAGCAGUGAUAAAGUUAAUCUUAUUUUUGUUAGGAAUGGUUGCAUCCAUAUGAAGCAUGUUCGCUUUACCUUGGUGAAGUUCUUCGUUGUGUGUGCAGUUCUGAGACUUUAAAUAUAUGAGAUGAAUUGGGCUUGAUGAAUUUCUCCCAUUUGGUUUGCAACACCUGCAGAACCCGACUUGCAAUGCAAAUGCUGUAUCCGGGAGCACUGGGCGUCCAGGGUGCCGUAUUUGCAAAACACAUAGGUGUGGUAAUGAUGUUAUUUAAUAUUUUGUUAUUUAUGUUUCAACAAGCAUCCAAAUGAAUUUCAAAGACUAUUUAAAGAAAAUUAAAGCUAGCCAAAAGAACAGCCUAGCAUAAGCUGCUCUUGAGAGUAAUCCUUGCUUUCUAUUUGAAAUGGAUUUUUAGACUUGAGGUACACAUGCGUGUAGUUGUCUUUCGAUGCACACACAUCCAGUAACUUCAUUAGUCAUGAGAAGGCAACGUAAACUUUAGUUCUUCAGUUCCUAUAAACCCAUAGUCCCUCUGCUCGAUAACUUGAUUAUAGUAUUGUAUAACAAACGGGAAAAUAUUUCACUUUAUUUGGCAGAUGUCUCAUAGCUGCUCUUAUGCUCAGGCUAUGUUCAGUUUAAACUAGGGAGGUAUAAAGCCAUCUCUUCAAGCUGUUUCAAAACAGAAACCAAAAAUGUUUAUAUGAUUAAACCCUUCUUUAAUUCUAUAAACACCAUGAAAUCAACAAGGAAAUUGCAUUUAUCAGUCAGUUUGUCUCACAGCUGAGGUUUCUUUCUCCGUGAAAUUUAAAUUUGGAAAGAGAUAUUUUGUAAAAUAUGAAGUUGGGACGGCUUUGUAUUGUCUCCAUAAGUUCUGCAUAGCAAACCUUCCUUUGGAAUGGAUAUGGAAGAAUGACUCAAUGUGUUGUCUUUGUCUAUAUAGUAUCGUCUUUCCAGGUGUACAGUAUUUGCUUUAGAUAGGAAAGAACUAACUAUUUUUUCUUACUAGGUAAACUGAUGUUAAAAACAGCUGGAACAUAUCUUAGAAAAGCUGCUGGUUGGAAGGGUCUGAGAUCUUGGCAGUGAGAUAAGGCUUCCCUGUUUCUGCCCACUGUGGAUAGCAAUGCUCUGCAUGGUCCAGUGCAAGCCCAUUAAAUGCUGCAGCAUGCACCCAUGGCUAUCGUGGCCCAAAUGGUAGCCAGAGUGUUAUGUAUCAACCUGGAAGGUGUGGUAGAUGCAAGCAGAUAUCCAAUGGAAUCAUUUCCACUGACUUCAGGGGGAUUUGAAAAGCACAUAAAACACAUCAGAGCUUAAGUAGGAUGCCACCUCUAAUAUGCUGUCCAUGACAACCAUUGAUGUUGUGAAAUGAUGGAAAGAGAUGUGAGAGAGGAGAAAGUUCUUGGAGAAAAGUCUUGGAGGAUCAGCGUAGAGCGCACAUAAAAAUCCAGCCAAUUUGGGAUUAUCUACCUGACAAAAAGGGGGCAAGGGAAGAAUUAUUAUUCCAACAGAAAUAUCCUAAAAUGCCUAACUGAAGUUACAAUUGCAUAUUUUUAUCUUCAGCCAACUGGUUUGGAUUUUUAGAAACCGAUGUUAUUUAAGUCUGUAUCUGUUUAUUUUUAUAUUUGUUGUACAAAAGAGAAAUUGUGACUUUACUACACAAAUAUUAUUCGAGGUCCUGGGUGCUAUUAAUUUGAACAUACCUCCACCAGCAUUAGGGGAGAUCAGGUCCUCCAAGGCAGUCAUGUUAUGUCACUUACUUUCGAUCGUGUGUGCUAGCUGUUCAUGUAUAGGUGGGACAGUACCAGUUCUUAGCCACAUAUUUUAUUUCUGUGAUACCAAAACUUUAUUUAGUCUAACGUAUUUCAGUACAGCUUAAGGACACAGCAUGUCCUUACCUUCAUAUCACCAGAUAUGUUCCUCCUCAGACCCUAGCUCAGCAGAUUAGGAAAGCAUGUGCCAACUUUAAAUGCCCAAGUGUUAGGCUCAGCGGAGUAUCUGGUUAACCCUGGCGAGGCUGAUGCCGCGUGGUCGUUUGUGUCCGGUCAGCUUCUUUCCAAAACCAAGACUCAGCACAGAUGUUGUGUCGUGUCGCUGCACAGCUGGAUUUCCAGAAAGCGCGUGGGGCGCCGAAGCCGAAGCGCGUGGCUUUGCUGCGUCCCGGCCGGCGGGCGCAGCCGCGGUCCGGUUAGCCCUCGCAAUUCGUCCCUUGUAAGAAGUCAGCGGUGGUGUGGCCAACAGCUAACUGAAGAUUCUCCAGUCGUGUACGUGGUCGGUUGUGCAGUCUAAAUACGUAGGGCCAGUCCAUAGAGUUGCUUUUUUUUUUCUAUGAAAAAUGAUGUAUUUUACUACUUUCUAUGUACAAAAGUUUCUUGUAAAUUUUUGUGUGCCUUUGCAUGUUUUUCAAGGGGCAGUGUGUUUAUAAACUAUAAUUUUUUCUAAAUACAGAAUUGUAAAAUAUCCUUUUUUCCCCUCUGUUUUCUUUUGAUUUCUGAAUUAUUUGUGAAAUAAAACCUUCCCAGAA